GCCAUCAGCUGUUGGAGGAUGUUGCCUCGGAGGCAGAUAUGAUGUAAUCUAAAGCUUCAGUCCCAACCGGAGAGAGAGACACACACACGGAGGACAGAGAGCUGGAUAACAGCCGCACGACACGGAUGGACCUCGGCCGUUUGGACAUCCGUUUGAAAAAACGUUAAUCGGAGCGGUUCGGGUUAACGGUUCUGGAGGAGUCAUGUCGCGGAGAUUUCGCGGAGGAUGCUGGACCGGGAGUAGGAGCAGCACCGGCCGGGGAUGCUGCUGGUGACCCCCCACCCCCCCACCUCCACAUCAAUUAACCACCAUGGCUCUGGAGUCCUCUCCCGCAGCAGCUCCGACAUCCUCCGUGUGAAAAUGGCCCGCACUCCGCCUCCAUCGUCGACAUCCGUCCGCCCUAGCUGUCGCCUUUUCGCCCGUAUUGACAGGCAAAUGUCCACACUUGAAGGCCAUUUUUGGAUCAAAUUGCCACACGUAAAGCGCCUGAUAUGAACAUUUAAAGCUGCUGCGGUUGAUUUUUCUUUUCCCGCAAAUACACCUCUCACCAGCAUCGAUUUCCCCAUCCAGCAGAUAUUUUUGGAGAUGGGCCGCGUCCACUGCUGCACCUGCCCUGCUGGGAUCUGAGUUUCAUGCACCUUACAUGCCACAAUGGCUCUGUGAUUAGUUUCUUUUUGGACGUUUUUUCCUGGCUUUGCACUUCUCUCCAGCCAUCCUGCAGAGCUCCAUGCAGUAGUUGCCCUGCGGGGGGAAUGAGCAGCCUGUCUCCCUCCAGCAGACGCCUGCCCGCCGGCCCUGCUGUCCGCCGUGUGGCCCUGUGACUUCAGAGGGGUGUGGAGGUCCUGACAAACCGUGGAGGGUGGGGACGUUUGCCUUUCCAGCUCAGGUUUAAACCAUGGCCAAUGAACCUGUCAUCCUUAACGUGUAUGAUAUGUACUGGAUCAACGAAUACACUUCCAAUCUGGGGAUUGGAGUUUUCCACUCAGGCAUCGAGAUUUAUGGCAGAGAAUUUGCAUACGGAGGUCAUCCGUACCCUUUCAGUGGCAUCUUUGAAAUCAAUCCCGGGAACGCCGCUGAACUGGGAGAAACGUUCAAAUUCAAGGAGGCCAUUGUUUUGGGCACAACAGACUUCACAGAGGAGGACAUAGAUAAAAUCAUGGAGGAGCUCGGUAAAGAGUUUAAAGGCAACGCCUACCAUCUAAUGCACAAAAACUGCAACCACUUCUCCUCCUCGCUGUCUGAGUUGCUGUGUGGGCGGGAAAUCCCUCGCUGGGUCAACAGAUUGGCGUACUUCAGCUCCUGCAUCCCCUUUCUGCAGAGCUGCCUCCCCAAGGAAUGGUUAACCCCGGCCGCCCUGCAGAGCCACAUCAGCCUGGGCCUCCACAAAGAGGAACACGAGUCGAGCGACGAGGACCCUUCGUCCCCGUCCGGGGCGGCCGCCACCGGCACGUCCCACAGCUGUCGCCACACGAGGGUGUGAACUGCCCGAAAUACACUGACCUCUGGACCUCCCUGCCAUCUCUGCUAGUGGCUCAAGUGGCAUUAGUAGGCUUGAACAACCAGCUGACCUCAUACUGUUUUUCCUCUGAGUAACGAGGCAGGAAAAGAAGAGCUGCUGCCGGAGACUUCAGACCUACAGAGACCCUGCGUGACGUCAAGAUGACAAACUUUGACCUGAGCGCUGAAGCGCAGCUCAGACUCCUCAAAAACCACUUGUAGAUCUGAAGUUUGUAGUACGUUAUUAUCAGUCUUUUCCAUGAACUUUUAAACCUUUGUCAGCCUUGUUCCCUGCCUUCAGAGCUGCUUUUGUAGAAUAACUAGAUGAUAGACACCUGAGGCGACUUAUCGUGACGUUACCAGGAAAACUGCUAACCUGCUCAAUCUCAACAAGUUCUCGUUCAGUAACCUCUAUGUGGCCUUCAGUUGAAAUCAUGACUGCUUUCAUUGUGUGGAACUUUAGUAGUUAACUUCGGCCAUUUUAGACGGUUUAAAGAGGAUUUGAUCGUUCCUCGAGUCCAGUCUGGACUCGUAAAAAUGUUGCAUGUUGAAAGACAAAAACUAAACCCAGACGCCACACUUCUUAACAACCAAGUAUUUCUUCUCCUUGUCCUUUUGUAAAAACAAUCGAUCCAACCUGGGACUUGUUUUAAACAGCAGACUGGCAGCCAGUGAAACCAGUUCAUAGUAAACAAUCAAGGGCAAAUACUGUUCAGUUUAAAUAGUCGCUGUUCACACAGCCGCAGCCACUCACUAUCUGUGAACAUCUCAGAGACAACAAGAAAGCAAAGCUGCUACUCUGACAGUUAUUGACUUUGUGACCCACCACAAGUUUUGUCUACGCUUUUAUAUCCAAAUGGUCUUUAUAUUACAAUGGUGCGAUAAUUUCCAGGCUUGGAAAUAUACAUUUACGCCCAGAGAAUGUUCCUCUGUGAUAGCGGUCUUAUCACCUUUUUCAUCACUAAAACCAACAAAAGACUGAGCAGUCAUGAGACAGAAAGAAAAAUCAGUAUUCUCCUUUAAAUUACAGCCCUUGAGGCAAUUCCUCCUACAGUUUGGGAAAUAUACUUAUUUGAUUUCUUGCUGAGAGUUAGAUGAGAAGAUCUGUACAAUUUUAACAACACUCUCGUACCUAAAUGCAGCAUAGGUCGAUUUUCACUGUCUUCUUUUUUGACGCACACGACCGACCUAAUGGUGACAGAUUUAAAACAGUCCUUUGCGACAACGGCAAAAGAUACAACCUAAUACCAUGUUGCAAAUUACAUGUGAGCAAAUGAUAUAUAAAUUAAUAAAAAGUUAAUUACCAUCAGCCAAACAUUUACUUAUGUCUGGCGUGUUUCUGCAUAAUAUGACUACAACUCUGCAAAUCAUGUACCAAAAUUUUCAGCAGCUUUCCAAGUUGUUGUUCCGACUUGAGAGGGCAUUCAUGUGAAUUUUCCCAGUUGGGAACUAAUUUUUCAAAUUAUUAUGACACCAUAUUAAUGCAGGGUAAGGGUCGAAAUUAGGUUCUUGCACAGUCAACCUAUAUGGACAUUUUUUCUGCAUUUUAGCGUCUGCAUGGGAAAUAUGAAGCUACAGCCAGCAGUCAAUUAGCUUAGCUUAGCAUAUAAAAACUAGAAACAGAGGGAAACAGCUAGCUUAGCUUUGUCCAAACUGGUACCAAAAUCCUACCAGCACACUGAAAGCUCACCAUUAAACACACCACAUUGUGUUUAAAUUCAACAGUAAUUUGACAGAUGAUUCUUUUUCUCUUUACUACCUUUGGACAGAGCCAGGCUAGCUGUUUCCCCCUGUUUCCACUCUUUAUGCUAAGCUAAGCUAAUUAGCUGCCACCCCACACUUCAGAUUUAUCCCGCAGGCAUGAAAAGUGAUAUCAAAUUUCUUAUCUAACUCUCAGUAACAAAACAAGCAAGUGUUUCUCCCAAAUUAUCAAACUAUUCCUUUAAGAUCAUAUUUUUUAUGUUGUUUUUUUUUCAACUGUGAACUGAACUGUGACGUGUGACAGAUACAAAGCAUUUUAAUCCAAGUAAAUAAGCGGACCUUUGUAAGAAGUUACUCACUUCUGAGGUUUGUUUCAACAAGAAGUUCAGAUACUCAUAUGGGGAAAAUAUGAUGUAAGAAAGUUAUUUGUAAUCAUUGUGAUUUUAGCAUAAAUGCAGUUAUACAACCCCAUUAAUGAAUUUUUCCCCCUCAGAUAUUGAUGAUGAUGGCGACAAACAUCGGCUCCUGGUUACUCAUUUUAAUUUAUGUUGCUUGCGGUUUUUUGGUUCUUUUUUUAAUGCAAAACCUCAGUGAACAUGUGAUUUAAUCUUGUCCAAUCCCUCCUGCUUAAUGGACAGCUUCCCUUUCUCAGGAAGGAAAUCACAUGACUCGAAACGGUGACCGUCGUCUCAUUCCUGCUGAACACCUUGUUAAAUGGGGUUGAAAGUGCAAAUCAUUUGACUUCUUCUUCAUGUUCUUAAAUAAGCUAUAUUCUUAUUUAUUUCGGAUGUAGUCUUACAUUUCACCAAGUGUAUUGUAUUCAGUUUUUUUUUCCUUUGGUAUAUUUUAAAUUGACAGGAGCUGUACAGUGAUCAAUAAUCAAUGCUCAAAAGUCUUCGGCACUUUCCUCAGAGCAGACCAGACAAGUAUUUUUUUUCUAUUGUUCUGUAUCAACCAUGACCCUGUAUUUCCUUUUCCUAA